AUGCAUGAUAAAGCACAAGUCAUUUCAAGACUAUGUUCCUUUAUAUGGCUUGUUUACAAGUUGCAGAUGCUGUUUAUCAUAGUUGGUGUGGAAUUGCCCACUGUAGAGGUGAGAUACAAGAAUUUACUUGUGGAAGCUGAGUGUGAAGUGGUUGAAGGAAAGCCCCUCCCAACUUUAUGGAAUUCUCUUAAACGUGUUCUUUCUGAGUUACUGAAGCUCUUGGGUGCUAAGCGGCAGGAAGCCAAGAUAAGAAUCCUCGAUGAUGUUAGUGGUAUCAUAAAGCCAGGAAGGAUGACUCUAUUGCUUGGCCCACCUGGAUCUGGAAAGACGUCUCUUUUAAAGUCUCUGUCAGGAAAUCUAGACAAGUCUCUCAAGUUCACGGGUGAAAUCUCUUACAAUGGCUGCAUGCUAGAGGAGUUUGUUCCCCAGAAAACUUCUGCCUAUAUAAGUCAAUAUGACCUGCACAUUGCUGAGAUGACUGUGAGGGAAACGCUUGACUUCUCAGCUCGUUGUCAGGGGGUAGGAAGCCGAACAGACAUCAUGAUGGAGAUAAGUAGAAGAGAGAAGGAAAAAGGAAUAGUUCCAGAUCCAGACAUAGAUACCUACAUGAAGGCAAUAUCUGUCAAGGGACUCAAAGAAACCCUCCAAACCGACUACAUCUUGAAAAUCCUAGGACUUGAUAUCUGUGCUGAUACACUGGUUGGGAAUGCUAUGAGAAGAGGUAUAUCUGGCGGUCAGAAAAAGCGGUUGACUACAGGGGAGAUGAUUGUAGGUCCAACAAAAGCUUUGUUCAUGGAUGAAAUAACAAAUGGCUUAGAUAGUUCCACUGCAUUUCAGAUUGUUACUUCUCUUAAGCAGCUAGUUCACAUCACAGAUGCUACUUUACUGGUUUCACUUCUUCAGCCAGCCCCAGAAACUUACGAUCUCUUUGAUGACAUUAUAAUAAUGGCAGAGGGGAAAAUUGUUUAUCAUGGUCCACGUAAUCAGGUUCUGGAAUUUUUUGAGGAUUGUGGAUUUAGGUGUCCUGAAAGGAAGGGUGUCGCCGACUUCCUUCAGGAGGUGAAUGAUUCUGAAACCUUGACCUUGUUUGGUAUUUCCAGGUUCUUUUGCCAUUUCCUUCUACUUUUUUCUGUGCACUUAACAUCAAUAUCCAUGUUUCGAUUCCUGGCUGCGGUCUUCCAGACAGUGGUUGUAUCAAUGACUGCUGGUAGCUUUGCGAUAUUAUUUGUCUUAUUAUUUAGUGGCUUCAUUAUCCCACAACCUUCGAUGCCAGUAUGGUUGAGAUGGGGUUUUUGGGUUUCCCCCAUCACUUAUGGUGAGAUAGGCCUAUCCGUAAAUGAAUUUCUUGCUCCAAGAUGGCAAAAGAUGCUAUCCACAAACACUACAAUAGGGAAAGAGACACUCGAAACUCGUGGAUUAAACUUUGACGGUUACCUUUUCUGGAUAUCCAUUGGUGCCUUAUUUGGGUUUACCUUGGUUUUCAACAUUGGCUUUACAAUAGCUUUAACCUUCUUGAAAUCUCCUACAUCAUCACGGGCCAUGAUUUCUCAAGAAAAGCUUUCUUUAGUGAAGAUACAAUUCAUAUUCUCAGACUUGAAUGAUCCUUUGACAUUAUUCCUUCUUCAUAGGAACAACAAAGAGCUUGUAAUGCAAGCAAGUGUUCCAGCUCCUGGUUCAAGAGAUCUGCAUUUUCCAAACCGUUUCUCGCAAAAUAGUUGGGAGCAAUUCAAGUCCUGUUUAUGGAAGCUGCACUUAUCCUAUUGGAGAAGCCCCUCCUAUAAUUUGAUGCGUAUCUUGCAUACUUUCAUCUCAUCUUUGCUUUUUGGAAUUCUGUUCUGGAAACAAGGACAGAAAAUAGAGAACCAACAGAAUUUAUUCAAUAUACUCGGCUCGAUGUAUGCUUCUGUGACCUUCUUAGGCAUAAAUAACUGCUCAUCAGUUUUGCCAUAUAUUGCAAGAGAACGAACUGUUAUGUAUAGGGAAAAAUUUGCUGGGAUGUAUUCUCCAUGGACUUAUGCACUUGCACAGGUGAUGAUUGAGAUGCCUUAUCUAUUUAUAGAGACUGUCGAAUUUGUAAUUAUCACAUAUCCCAUGAUUGGGUAUUAUGGAUCAGCAUACAAGGUCUUUUGGUACUUCUAUUCAGUGUUCUGUGCACUUCUUUCUUUCAACUAUCUUGGGAUGCUCCUUGUGUCACUGACACCAAAUGAGCUGAUGGCUGCAAUUCUAUCCUCAGCUUUUUAUACAAUUUUUAACCUCUUUGCUGGGUUUUUAAUUCCUCAACCGCAAAUUCCCAAGUGGUGGAUUUGGUUGUAUUAUCUGGCUCCUACAUCAUGGAUAUUAAAUGGGUUGCUCACUUCUCAGUAUGGUGACAUAGAGAAGGAGAUUUUGGUGUUUGGAGAAACCAAAUCUGUAGCUGCCUUCUUAGAAGAUCAAUUUGGGUUUCGCCACAACCACUUACCCAUUACAGCUGUUGUUCUUGCGUUGUUCCCUUUAGUUUUCGCUUCACUCUUUGCAUAUUGUAUAGGCCGAUUGGAUUUUCAAAGGAGGUGAACCUGUUUUUUCUUCUAAAGCAUUCGAAUGUAACAUGUAGCUGAUCAAUAUAAACAAUUAAUGCUUUUAAUAUCAGUUUUAUAAUUAAGGCUCA